UCAUUUGAAAGUGUAAUUUGUCACCUUGUCGAAUUGUUUUAUUAUUUCCAAACGUUAGUAUUUUGAUAGCCGAAUGUCAAUGUCAAUUCUGUUGUCAAAAUUACAAGUCCGGUUCUGAGGUUAGAUAGAGUUGCCCCGAAAACGAAAACAUGUUUUUAAAAUUGUAUACAUCAAUGAAUGCAUAAAUUAUGUUCCCCCGUUGACAAUGAGGUGUAUGGUACUAUGUUAAACGGAGGCUCGCAAAAUACAGCUUGGCCCGAAUCAGACACACACAACGAGAACAUGUUCCGAUUACCGAGGCCACUAAGGCAUGGCGAUCUCAUAGAAAUAAAUGGAACACUUCAAGACAAUCCACAAAGGAUAAGACUCAAUCUAACUACAGGUUCAUAUAACCCUGACGUAAGAAAUAUUGCAUGUUGGGCAGAGGCAAACUUUGCUGAAGGACAUUUUCAUAUAAGCGGCAGCAUGAACGGACAACCAGACAAUAACCCUCCAAUGGGCGAUCCAGAUCUCUUAGGUCUAUUUCCAGCAGAUGGCAAAUUCAAUUUCACUGUAGCAGUAAAAGGCAAUGGAUUUUCAUCUAAUCUGGAUAUAUAUGUGUUUGAAGCAAGUAUGGGCACUAGAACAUUGAAAUUCAAUUUGAACGACAUCACAUUUUUGACUAUUGAUGGUGAUAUUAAUAAAAUAGAAGAUUUAAAGUUUACUUAUGCGUAAUUAUUUAUUAAUUAGUUAUUACAUAUGUGUAAGAUUUAAUUUAUUAUUAUUUAAUAAGUGCAUUUGGAAAAUGUUUCCUAAAUAGUACACACACGGUCUGUUAUUAUGAAACAGAAUUCCAUUUUUAUACAGUAUUAAUUUAAAUCUGUAAUAACAAGUAUUUUUAUUGUAAUUAUAAGAAUGUUUUGUUUAUUGUUAUUGUGAA